AUGUCGCAGAACCUCCCCCCUCAGGAUCUUCGUUCCUUUAGCCAGGUUUGUUCAAGAGUCAAUGCCGUUUUGAUCCCCCUCACAUAUCGCACCGUCACAUUCCGUGCUGCGAGUGAGUGGGCCCUCAAUGUCCUCGAUAUAGAUGCAUUCUUUUCAAACCAGCCACAUUUACAGCUCUCUAGCUACCUCCAGCAUACCCGGCAGCUGAGCAUUCAGGCCCAAAUACAUAUUGCCCGGUUCAACCGCUGUGCGCACUAUAGUAUCUUCCGCACAUCGGGGCUGACACAAACCCCAUCUACCCUGGGCACUUCCGAUGAGGCAAAGGCGCAUCGGCAGUUUCUAAACGACAUCUCUGACCAGAUACAAAGGGUCUUCGCAUGUCUCGAAGAAGAUAGCCUGCUGUCAUUCCAGUGGGGUCUUGGCACCUGUCUUUCACCGGGCAUCCUAGAUAAAAAUGGAUACCUAUGCCGGCAUCAAAGAAGCCUCAAUAGGCUCUCGCUCAUCACAGACGGGUCGUGUCCCGAUGCAGGAGAUGCGCUGGAUGGCCUUUCCGAGUUUUCCUCUUUGAAAAUCAUAGAGUGGGAAGGUAUUCGGCAACCUGCUGAAGUCGAUUCUUUGCAACGAUGCAUCCGCCGAAAUUCUUCGCAUUUGACAAUUCUUUCAAUUGGGCUUGUCAGCUCUUCUAAUGCCCAGAACCUUGUCGAGAAUAUUUUUGAGCAGCACUCGGGCUUAUCACAUUCAAGCGCUCUCCCUUCACUCCUCUCUUUAACGCUGUGUAAAGCUCCCUUUCCGGAAACCCUUCAGCUCGGGUCCACAUGGAGUUGUCGUUCCCUCAGAGCUUUGUCUAUACGUGAUUGCCCAAAUCAGCUACGAUUCCUGAAUUUCUUGUCACAUUCAAAAGACACGCUACAACUAAAGCUUUUCGAAUUCGUCUGCGACAACCUACUAGAUGGCUUGGGCCAAGAUGUGUCUCCAGCAUUGAAAUUUCUGGUCUCAUUCAGAGGAUUGAGACACUUGUAUCUGAAACUAUCCAAUUUUGAGGAACCCCCUCGAAUUGACUCAGUUAUCAAACAUCACCAAGAUACACUUGAGAGCCUUUCCUACCAUGAACGUCGACUUGUUCCACUGGAUGAUGAAGGCCUGUUUGAAGAAGAACGGGAUGUAUCACCCCAGUGGCUUGAAGCCCAGUUUGAUAGCUUGAAUCUUUCAAGUAUGACUGCUCUCGGUCUUUGUGCAGGUCCAUCUGCCGUGAGAAUAUAUCUUGAGCCCUUGGCCACGCGUUCCGCUAUUCAAAUUUUGCAUAUCCGAUUUACCGGGUCAGAGAGAUUACAUAGGGACAUUCCACUCGAAAUCACAAGUCGGCUGCGGACAAAGCUAUCUAGAGAUAAGUGCCAUCAUUACAACACUGGAAGUUCCAGGCAACAACUUUGCACAAGUAGCUGGAGCGAUCUGUCGAGUAUAGUCAAUGAUGACUUGGCCAUCUGGGAAAUGAACGAGUCAGGAAGUGUGGGAAACCCUCUUCCAGCAUCCUCUGAAGCGGAGGAGUUUGUGGCAUUUGCCGAAUGGGUGUUCGGUCCUACUGGUCUUCCGAACCUAGAAGUUCUGGCCUUUGGAGACUUUUCCCACAAUGACCGGUUCCAAAAACAACAAUUUCUGACUAGGAGGAGACACCAUGAGAACGAGCAACGAUACAAAGAUCACCAGCGUCCCGCUUGUAUUCAUGAGCCUUUGAGUCAAUAUUUCUGUGCUGCAAGUUCCGCCGAUACUUCCCUCUGGGAAAAACUUCGGGUUGAUGGAGCUCGGUUCCUUUCUUCUUGUCCAACCAGUGGAUUGAUUGAAUCUCCUUUUGAAUUUUAG